AUGUUCAGCAGAAGUAUCCUCCGCCAGGCCACUCGUGCCGUGGCUCCCGCCCGCCCUCUUGCCAUGUCGGCUAGAAACAUGUCUGUCACACCUUUCUUGCGCCAGGACGAGAAGCCCAUCCCCGAGGAGAAGGGUGAGCACGUUGGCUCGUUCUCUAGAACCGACGACACCAUCGAGAUCCCUUUCGAUGAGAAGGCUGUGCCUAAGCAAGAGCCUGUCCAAGGCCGUGGAGGUUUCCAUUUCCAAAGAACCCUUGCCUCCUUCUCCCUUGAGGGCAAGACUGCCCUGGUCACUGGUGGUGCCAGAGGUCUGGGUCUGGUCAUGGCCCAGGCCUUGGUUGUUUCUGGCGCAGAUGUCGCCAUUGUCGACCUCAACAAGGAGGAAGCUGAGAAACAGGCAAAGGAGCUUGUCAAGGUCUUCAAGGACGAGAACCCCGGCGCUGACCGAGUGCCCAAGGUCACCGGACACUACUGCGAUGUCAGCGAUGAGGCCUCUGUUGAGGGCGUCCUCUCGGAUGUCAUCAACCAACACGGAAAGAUCGACAACCUCGUUACCUCUGCCGGCUUCACCGAGAACUUCGACGCCAUCAAAUACCCCAUCGAUCGUGUGAGAAAGCUCUGGGGCGUCAACGUCGACGGCACCUACCUCUUCGCUACUGGCGUGGCUCGUCACCUCAUGGAUCGCAAGGCUCCCGGUAGCAUAGUAUUCAUCGGCAGCAUGUCCGGUUCCAUUGUCAACGUCCCUCAACCUCAGGCUCCCUACAACGCUUCAAAGGCCGCUGUCCGUCACCUCGGACGCUCGCUCGCUGUCGAGUGGGCCCAUGCCAACAUCAGAGUUAACGUCAUCGAGCCUGGUUACAUGCUUACUGCCUUGACUGAGAAGAUCCUGAACGAGAACCCCGAGCUCGGCAACAAGUGGACCAGCUUGAUUCCUCAGGGCAAGAUGGGCCGCCCUGUCGAUCUCAUGGGUCCUGUCGUCUUCCUUUGCAGUGACGCCUCCAACUACGUUACUGGCGCCGACCUCCGCGUCGACGGUGGUUACACUUGCACUUAA